UUGCUGAUUUUAUAACGAAGCGCUGCCGAAGUGAAACAAGAGCAACUUGUCAUCUGAACUUGCAGUUGUCUAGAAAAUCUUUCAUGUGUUUUAGUUCGGCCACCAUAAGUUCAGGUAAUCUCUUGAGCUCAACUUUUGAUUUCAAUAUCUAAUCUAACUUGUUUCAGACCUAAGACUAAGUUUGAUAGGGAACAUUAGGAAUGGGUCUGAGAUCGAAGUAGAGAGUGAGGGAAUUAGUUCAGGAUCCUAAUUGUUGUCCCCAUCCUACUUGUAGUGAGUCACGAAACAUGUCUUCAGAAGAGAUACUAAGUGUUGGAAUUGGAGUAGGGGUGCAGGAGUUGAGUUCAAGUAGAAGUAGCGAAGUAGAAAGUUCGAGGAGUAAGGGGAGUGAGAGGGUUGGAGGUGAAAUGGAAGAGGUUGGGGUUCCUUCCAAUGUUUUGGAGGUGGAUGACGAUAGGGCUAAGUAUUACAAUGAGGAAGAGGAGGUAGUUUCGGAGUUUCGGAGGUGGUGGGGUAUGAGAGUUCAUGGAGGAGCAGAAGUUUCCAAUGCUCGAGCUGUUAGUAGUGUUGCUGGUGGAGUACGGGCUGGGAAUAACACAACUCGUCCCAAACGUUGUUUGGCUGAUCCUAGGAUUCCUAGUCUAUUGCCGAACAUGAGGAUCGUUGCCCUUCUUGAGAAAAGGUCAAAGGCUCCAACUGCCCCUGGUGUGGACGAGAGGGUAAUGGGUGGGACUUCGAGGAAGAAGGUAGAGGAGGUGCAACAGCCUCAACUUGAUGCCUUGGUUGAGUUUGUGCCUCGACCUCCAUCGGUGCAGAUUGAUCCAUCUCUACGUGAAGUGGUGGUGGUGACGCAUGGGAAGGGGAAGGAAUCCCCUAUCCCGAGGCAGAAAUCGAGCUUCUAUGAAAGUACAAGCAAGAUUGCUGCCAAAUGCUUCAUCAGAUCCACUUUUCCCGAGGUGGACCUUAAGAGAGCUCAACAUGAGCUCAAGAAGGUUAAGGAGGACUUGGCUUUUGCCAAGGCAGCUACUGAGGUUGAGGUGGAGAAGAGGAAGAAGGCCAAGGCACGAGAAGAGUUGGCUGAGGUGCAAAAGAAAUCCGAGUUGGAGGUGCACAACUCAAUUGAGCAGCAUGUCUCCAACUUUGUCAAUUCAGCGACAUUUUCAAAGAUUAUGGACCUCUUCCGCAUGCCUACACUUGUGAUGGUGUUCAACGAUUGCCGGAAGAAAGUGAAGGCUCAAAAUCCUAAGGUCGACGUGACAAAAAUCACUUUCGAACCUCAGGACAUUGGGGUGGAAGAAGAUGGGGAGAGUAGAACAGCUGAAUUCCGCUCAGACAUAACUCUCAAUCAGGUCGAGGUUCCUACAAAUGCCGAGGUCGGAGAUAAUGAUGCUGAGCAAGAGGUGGAUCAACAGCAUCUAGCGAUCGACUGAUUUCGGCCAGCUCUUCUAAAUUUUGAUGUAUUUUUAAGAACAUUGUAUUUUUAAUUUUUAAUGAAUGAAAUUAGAAUUU